GCAUGCUCGUUCAAUCUCCACUCUGAUUGGACCGCGUGUGUCCCGGAAGUCUGUGCGGUUUUGAAGACGGGUCGGCGGAGGCUGGAGAGUUAUUAAAACCGCAGAAUUAAUAUUUAAUUAACAGUAUAUUACAUUUAGAAAUAAUAACAGCUCUUGACAUAGCACCGGGUAUUUAAUUACAAUAGGUAAAGCCAGCGAGGAUCAAGAGAUACGUUAACCUGCCACUAUAAAGAAGGCACUGACCCGCCCACUCUGCGCUUGUGCCUGGUUCUCCCAGUGAUUCUGCGAUGCUCUGUGGUUUGGGGAUGACGUAGACCAGCCCCCCCUCGCCGCGCAUUGAUGCACCUCCGCGUCACGCUCGCCUGCAGGAGUCUCUCCCGACUGCGGAACCUCCGCGUCCGUCUCGCCAGCGCCAUGGCCGCAUCCAGCACCGACACCGAGGAGCCACAGGGGGGCGCUGUCACCGCCGGCAUCAUCAUCAUAGGCGACGAGAUCCUGAAGGGUCACACCCAGGACACCAACUCCCUGUUCAUGUGCCGGCGCCUGCGAUCUCUGGGGGUGAGCGUGUGCCGCGUGUCCGUCGUGCCCGACGAGGCCCGGCUGAUCGCGGAGGAGAUCGCCAGCCUGGCGCCGCGCUACACCUACCUCCUGACCGCCGGGGGCAUCGGCCCCACCCACGACGACGUCACCUUCGAGGGCGCGGCCCUGGCCUUCCGCGAGCAGCUGAGACCCAACCCCGAGCUCGCCCGUCUGGUGGAGGCCCACUUCGGUACCUCGGACCCGGCCCGGCCGGAGAUGAAGCUGGCCCUGGUGCCGGAGUCGUCAGUGCUGAACUACGGGACGGACCGCAGGAGCGGGGAGCCCCUGAGGUACCCCCUGGUGAGCGUGCGCAACGUCUACCUGUUCCCUGGCAUCCCCUCCCUGCUGGAGUCAGCGCUGGAUGGGCUGCAGCACCUGUUCGCUGACCCCCGCACCUCCUUCCACACGCGGGCGGUGUUCGUGGACGCGGACGAGUUCUCCAUCGCGCCCGCGCUCAGCCGUGCCGACGCCCUCUUCCACCGCUGCGUCAGCCUGGGCUCCUACCCCGACUGGCUCAGCAACUACCACCGCGUGAAGCUCACCCUGGACUCGGACUCCCUGCCCCGGCUCGAGGAGGCGCUCCACUACCUGAUAGAGAACCUGCCCCCGGGCAGCGUGGUGCCCCUGGUGCAGGACCCCGUGGCCCGCGCCGCGGAGGAGGUGUACCGCCUGGCACACGCCGGAUCUCCACUCGGCCUGAAGGUGGCGUCGGCGCUGCGGACGAUUGAGGAGGCUCUGAACCAGUUCAGCCUGUCUGAGAUCUGCGUGGGGUUCAACGGGGGCAAAGACUGCACCGCCCUGCUGCACCUGUACCAUGCAGCGCUGCAGAGGAGGGCCCCGGACUGUAAGGAGAAGCUGCAGGCUCUGUACAUCCGAACCGUCUCUCCCUUCCCAGAGAUGGAGCGCUUCAUACAGGACACCAUCAAGAGGUAUGAUCUGCAGAUCUACACAGUGCAGGGCAGUAUUCGGGAGGCGCUCGGAGAUCUGCAAUCCCAGCAUCCUCAGCUGCAGGCCGUGCUCAUGGGGACGAGGAACACUGACCCUUACUCGCGAUCUCUGACCCCGCUGUGCCCGACUGACCCCGGCUGGCCAAAGUACAUGAGAGUCAACCCACUGCUGGACUGGUCCUAUCAUGAUAUCUGGGAGUUCCUGCGCACGCUGUACGUCCCAUACUGUAUCCUGUACGACAAGGGCUACACCUCACUGGGCAGCACAGACAACACCUCCAAGAAUCCUGCGCUGCGAUUCGUCGACGAGAGGGGCGUGGUCAAAUACAGACCCGCCUACAAGCUGGAGAAGGAGGAAGACGAGCGCAACUCCAGGAAGUGACGUCACCCCACUUCCUGCCCUGUAUGUCCCGCCCUGAACCAGCACCUUAGAGUUUGGAAACAGAACCAGAGUGGCAAUGUGCGAGAGGAAAGAUGAGUGUGGGAGAUCAGAGCAAAACGAGUGUGGGAGAGGAAAGGAGAGUGAAAAAUGCAGGUGCAUUCAUAAAUACCGAUACUGGAGCCAUUGAGAGAUCCUUCACACUUUAACACUGCCUGGGGUAUUUAUCACUGUGAUGAGAGAACGAUGUUCAGCAUUGAAGACAAUGGGACAGGGGAGAUGGGUGUAUUUACAAGGAGGCUGUGUGGUCCAGUGAUUAAAGAAAGGGGCUUGUAACCAGGAGGUCCCCGAUUCAAAUCCCACCUCAGCCACUGACUCAUUGUGUGACCCUGAGCAAGUCACUUCACCUCCUUGUGCUCCGUCUUUCAGGUGAGACGUAGUUGUAAGUGACUCUGCAGCUGAUGCAUAGUUCACACACCCUAGUCUCUGUAAGUCGCCUUGGAUAAAGGCGUCUGCUAAAUAAACUAAUAAUAAACAGCAGGCACUAAUACUUUACAGAAGGAAGAUGAUUAUGUGUGUGUGUGAGUGUGGGUGUGCCACAGCAAACAUGAGCGUGCCAGAGUGGAUGCUGUUGAAUUUUGAAGCGAUUAAAAAUAAUUCCAAUGUG